AUGACUCCCCCAACCCUUUCGCUAGACUCUGUGGAGUCGUUGGCAAUUUCAUUCUCUGCCGGCGUGUCUGCACAUGUUUUCGCUCUACGCAAGGGCGAAUGGGACCUCUGGACGAUGCGAUUUAUUUGCGCGUGGAUAACUUAUGAAGCAGUUACACCGUGUGCAUUGAACCAGUUGAGGCCCAUGGCCUACUUCGAUGCGAUACUUCUCGCCAACAAAUGGUUUUUCUCAUUCUUGUUCGGCAUAACAAGCAGUAUCUUGAUCUACCGAGGUUUUUUCCACCGUCUGAAUAGGUUUCCCGGCCCCUUUGUAGCACGGCUCUCGAACGUAUACGCCUCUUGGCUAGCAAUAAAAGAAGAGCACAUGUAUCUAGAGGUCCAGAAACUGCACCAGAAAUAUGGAGAUAUUGUCAGAAUCGGUCCUCAGGAGAUUUCCAUCGCAACUCCAAGCGCGUUUCGUAUCCUUCACGCAAACAAUUCGCCCAUUUCUAAAGGCCCAUUCUAUAACGUUGCCCAUCCCUGGGUAAACCUCCUCGCCGACCGAAACAAGAAAAGCCACGCUCGUCGAAGAAAGACUUGGGAUAAGGCUUUUACAGCAAGAGCGCUUAGAGAUUACGAGCCGCGAGUCAUAAGAUAUACGAAACAAUUGACCGAUCAGAUCGAGAAGACCAAAGGAACGCCACUCAAUAUUGCGGCCUGGAUCAAUUUUUACACCUUUGAUAUAGUGGGCGACCUUGCUUUCGGCACAAGCUUCAACUAUCUGGCCAAAGGGGUAAAGGAUAAGUUCUUGACUGAGUCACAUCAAAGUCAGGUUCUAAUGGGUUACUUUCGCCAAUGUACCUGGCUCUUUGAAGUGUUCAAGGAAACUCCUUUCCUGAACAAUUCGUGGCUAUCGUUUCAGUCGUGGUUAAAAGAAAAGGUGGAGAUCAGACGAAAGAACAAACCCUCGGAACCUGAUGUACUCUCCUGGAUUCUGGAAGAAUAUGAUUCGAUUGAGAACCCCACAAAGGAUGACUACCUGAGACUUUGCGGUGACGCGCAUCUCAUUGCUGUGGCAGGAAGCGAUACCACAUCAGCGGCUACAUCUGUUCUAUUACACCAACUUACCAUUCACCCUCACGUCUUGAAGAACUUACGAGCAGAGAUCGACGAAUACAAGGCCAACUAUGAAACGUCGGACUAUGUGUCAAUGAGCAAGCUUAAGUACCUCCAGGCAUGCAUCGAUGAGUCUCUUCGUCUUAACCCGGUCAUUAUGUCUGGCCUCCAGAGAAUGACGCCACCCGAAGGAAUGCAAAUCGAUGAUGUCUUCAUUCCCGGAGACACCAUCUUCCAUGCUCCUUCGUACACUAUGUAUCGAGAUGAACGAUGCUUUGUACGUCCCCUUGAGUUCAUCCCCGAGCGAUGGACGACCCAACCUGAAUUGACCCUUGAUUCAUCUGUAUAUGCUCCAUUCUCUACUGGUCGUGGAGCAUGCGCAGGAAAGCAGUUGGGUCUGAUGGAGAUGCGUUACGUCCUGACAGAGAUUCUGUCCAAGUACGAUAUGGCAUUCGCGGCCGAGACAGACCCAGGAUCUUUUAUUCAUGGCUUGAGAGACUGUUUUACACUGGAGGUUCCGGAGCUAAAGAUGAUAUUCACUCCGAGAUGUGAGAAGGAGCAUUAA